AAGCGAAAAUCCAUGUGAAAUAGAGAUUGAAGCUGAAUACACUGGACGCUGCCUGCAAUUAGGAAGAAAACUAAGAAGAAAGUUGAAGAGGAAAAAAAGGUCGUAAAAAACAUCAUUUGACAUCAAUUGUUUGCUGCAGUGUGAGUGUGUGAUAGUGUUAGUGAAUUUAAGAGUAAAAAAAGCUUGUAUUUUUUUCCUCUGCCUUUUCUGACUAAUUGGCUCUGCGCCGCGAAAAGGUUGACGAAAGAGAGAGAAAAAUAGAAAAGUGUAAAAAAUACCAAACAAAAAAAAAAUAGAAGAAGAAGAAGUUUGAAAAGUGUGUCUCACGAGUGAGUUUGUGUGCGAGAGAGUAUGAUUAAGCGGAAGAUUUAACGGAUCAGUGAUAAAUAUCGCGACGGUUCGCGUUCUUCAAAAAGGUUGAACGUCUCAGAAGAGAGGAGGAGAAGUUCGUUUGUGUGUGCGAGAGGGGGCUUGUUUCGGUGAGAAAGGCUUGGCACCCAACAAAACAAGGUCAAUAGGAGAAUCACCGCCACCUCCACCCCUCAAAGCAUCCCCACCCUUAAGUAGCUUUUGUUGUGAGUUUCUUAAUCGGUGGGAUGUGGUGAAUUUUGAUUAGUGUGAAGAAGAGGAAGGAAGAAACGAUCGAAUAGAGAAGAGAUCGCUAAUUAAUCGUUCUAGUUUGAGAAAUAGUACACGUCGUCUUCGACUUCGCCUUGGGAAUUGUGUAUUCACGGAUAAUUGAUACAUUAUACGAGGCGCAUUCGACUGCUGAUCAUCAUCGGACUAGGUGAGAAAUUCAGCCUGCCGGCGAGACCGAGACCAACCAACGAACAGCAGCUGGACACGUGGAGGAGAAUUGCAACAACAACACGGGUGUGCAACUGCCAGCACGCUGAGAAAGAAUUUAUUGCACACAGGUGAUUCUUGAACGAGAGAGUGUGUUUCUUUAAUUGCUGAACACAUUGAAACUGAUUGACCCCCAACAAAACCCAACACACUGGAUCACAAACCCUCCAACGAAGCCCAACCCGCUGCACUUACCGCGCUCGGAAUUCCAAAAAUGUAAUUCCUUAUAAAUAGUCAAUGAGCCUAUUGCCGUAAUCGCCACCGCCAGAAGAAAGGAAACAGAAGCGAACCCCUCCCCGUACAACUAGAUCGUGACCACCUCAACUCACCAACAACCUCUCACACGUGGUCGCCGACGAAAGUGAAAACCCGACCAUGGAGAAGUACGUAACGGUGGUCUCCGUGGACGAACAGCCGCCGGCUGGCCAGCCUGCCAUCGAAGAGUCGCCACCCCGGGACGCUUCAGCAGAUUCACAGUUCGUCACAGUAUUGUCCAUCAACCACAGCGGUGGGGUGGCCCCACCGGAAGGCGGUGAGGAGUUGGAACCGGAACUGGUUCUGGUGUACCGAUUACCCGGGGAGAGACUGGGGUUUGGACUGAAGUUUCAGGGUGGAACUAAGAAUAACGAGAAGAUUCAGCGGUUGUUCAUCCAGUCGUGCGCGGAGAACAGUCCGGCAUCGCGGGUUCAGGCCAGUUGGGGGUUUCUGCGGGAGGGUGAUGAGAUCCUGGAGAUUGACGGGGUUAGCGUGACGCGGAUGACCCGGAUCGAGUGCGUCAAGUGCUUGAAGGAGAGCAAUUUGGCGAUCAAAUUGUUGGUGAGGAACGGCGAGGGGAAGGUACAAAACUUUUACGACGAGAAUGGGGACGUUCCAGAGCGGAAGAGUGGUCCGCCGCCACCACCACCGGUUCCGCCGAGGAAGUUAAACAAGCGGAAGAUCGUUGAGAAGGUAGCUGAGGAGGCUACGCCAGCGAAACAGAUCGUUGAGGUCGUGCAUCCUCCGGACGCCGAGGUAUACUCGAACCUGUUCUCAGACGACAUCAGCGAUCUGAUCAGCGAAUCGGACGACACUGCCAGUACAAUCUCCACAGUCAUAGACAAGUACUCGAUCUGCUCGAGCUUGUCCUCGGAGGAUUACACCAUUUCCGCGGUUCCAACCAGCUUGGAACUAGCCAAGGCGUUGAAGCCUUUCACCUUGCUUGAGAAGGAGUUCAACCUGGACAACAAGCUGGAGAACGCACUCUUUCCCUUCCCACCUACCACGGUGAACGUGGUCCAGCUGGAGGUCGAAGCCGAACCAAACGAGUACGAGAACGUCACAAUCGCAAAGGUCGACGAGAAUCGCAACUACGAAAACGUGAUCGUCCAGGCCAGCGAUCAUCAACCGGCAAACUACGAGAACGUUACCAUCCAGGCUGUGGUCCCCGAGCCAACCGCCCAACCCUACGAGAACAUCGCAAUCUCCCAAGACACCAACCAACCGGAAUCCUCCGUCUACGAGAACGUCGACCUCAAGGAACCUCCACGACCACUCCCGCGUCAAGUCGAGCCUAAAAAACGCACCAGCGUCGUGGCACCCCCACGCCAAAAAGCCCCCGCCCCUCCAAUCCCAAAAACACAACCCACCCACCCACACGAGUUCAACACGAUCCAAAGCUGGCUCCAAGAAGCCACCGAAGUGAUCCACGAGUGCGCCCUCGCCGACCCCCCCAAGGAACCCACCGUAGACAACCGACCCCGACUGAUCGACUUCCACCCCAAGGUCACCACUCCCGCCAAAACAACCACAACGACGAUCGCCGUCGACCCAGAACCCGAACCGCCCAAAGAAACCAACAACAGCCCCGAAGUCGUCGUCAAAAAGUGCAUCAAAAUCGUGGCCACCAACGGAUCCUCCUCGAGCCACAACUACAUCGAGAGUUCAUCAUCCUCAGAAGAGGACGAGGACGAGGAACGCUCGUACGAGCCGCGAACGCCGGACGAGUUUGAGGACUCGCUGGGCGGUGGCGAUGACGACAGUGGGGCGUUCGACGCGUACAGCGACGAGGACGGGGAGAAGCUUGGACCGCCGGAGAUUGUGGCCGGAGGGCCGUCGGAGGCGUACUUUAACUUCCACUGGACGACGACGCUGCUGCCGCCGAUCGGGGAGGUCGAGAUCGAGGAGGAGUUUUCGUCGCUGGAGAACGCGCAGCAGCAGAGUGGUCCCAUCGUCAUCAUCGACACCGCCGAGGAAACUCUCAUCAACGACAGCAACAACAACCAGCAUCGCGAACCCAAAUCGAAGCUAAACGGCCACCAUCACUACGAACGUCCUGCUUCUCCUCCGGAAUACCCAGCAGAACCAAUAGUCAACCAAGAGGAAGAUAUUCCGGAUGCCAUCCCAGAACAACGCGAACCAAUUGAGGUCGGUGAUCAAGCCACCCAGUCUGACGUGCCUGCCACUAUUUCAUCAAAUGAUACCGACGAAGGUGUUCCAGCUGUUGCUGAUAAGCACGAUGACGAUGACGCUAUCGUGCCAAACAACGAGCAGAUUGUAUUGCCAGAAGAUGGCACGGCCGCCAGCCAGGUCGUGGAAGAGGUAGCAGAUCAGUUGACGAACGAGCUCGUUGGCGAUAACGACGUUCCGGAAAUGGAUGGAGUGGAGAGUGGGUCGGAAGUGACCGCCGCGGUCAAGGUCGAGCAGGACGACGCGGUUGUGGACGAACUGCUGGCGGUUGUCGUGGGCGACUCCGUAGACAGCGACUUUGAGGAACUGGUCAAGGCCCAACUGGACGAGGACGGGAGCGGUGCCGAGCAGCAGAUCCAACAGAUUCAUGAGCGAAUCAUUGUUGGAAUUGAGGGCUCGAGUGGAAGUGAGGAGGAGGACAAGCCAAGUGAGGCAGAAGAAGUGGUGCAAGUUCAGGAGGUAGUCAGUGAAGUGACGGAGGAAGUUCUUGGAAGUGAAGAAUUGGAACCACCUUCGGUGGACGUUCCGGACUGCAAGGUGGACUCCGAAGUGACUCCAGAGACGAUGGCCAGCGCGGACAACGACUACGAAGACGUGCAGGUCGAAAGUAAUCAAGAAUCAGCCAAUUCUUCCCAAGCAGCAGCAACAGUAACUAGUGCCACCUCCACCAACGGUAGCAGCUCAACCGACGACGUCGAUCUGACCAAAAUCAACGCCGCCGCGGAAGUCGGCACCACCGAUCUGGCCACAAACACGACCACCACCUCAGCGAUCAGCAUGGACCAAAUGAACAAUUUGGUGACAACGACGACGACUGUGACCGCGAUUGCCAGCACCGUGCACCAGCCGACGUCGACGACCACCAAGAUCGUCAGCUACGGCCAUCAAAUUCAGCAACACAGUCAGAAGGCACUGCUGCCACCGGUGCCACCGGCCUUCUCCCGGCUGCCACCGGACGGGCAUGAGUUCCCGCCCAACUUUAGCGAACCGGCGGCCAACGGGAUGAUCUCGACGGUGGCGGCGGUCAUCAACGGGGGAACGCCCAAGGGGGAUAAACAUUCCAGCUACGACGACAUUCCGGACCUGCCCAAAACGCACCCACCGCCGGUACCGCGCAAGGUCUUCCGCCAGGAUCUGGUCCUGAAGCAGCUCGACACCAACGGCAACUCAAACCCCACCACAGAACCAACCUUCAAGAAGCCCCCAAUCUUCCCGGCGCGCUCCAACUCGCUGGUUCCGGAAAGCAACGGCAAGUCGGCCGCCUCCGCGAUCGAAGAUCGCCGCCGCUCCUUCGACAUCCACGAGAUCAACAAACCUCCGUCGCGCGUCACGCUGGUCGGCUCAAACUGGCGCAAGGAUGAAAAGUCCGAGCGGAGCGUGCGCGACAAGAUCGCCAUGUUCUCGAAUGGAUCUGGAAAUGGUGGGGGAGGAGGUAGUGCAGAAGGGGGUGGUGGGGUUCCGGAAGGAUCUCCGAUCCUGCGGAAGUUUAGUAAAGAUUUCACCAAGAGUUCGGAGAACUUGUUGGGGAGUGACGGUGGGUACCCGAAGAAGUCGUCGGUUGAUCCGAUCGAGACUUAUGCGACGUUGAGGAAGAAGGCGCAUAGCGUGGAGAAUCUGGAUGAGGUUGAUCAUAGCGGGGUUCAGAAUGGGUCACACCUCCACGGUGGGAAGUUUGGGCUGGAGAGUUCGAAGCCAGUGGUGUUGGGGAAGGCAUUCAGCGUUGAGAACUUGAACCCGUCGAAUGGGAGCAAGGUGAAUGGGGAAGGGAAGAUGGGUGAUGGUGGGUUGUUUGGAAACGUGAAGAACUUGGCGAGAACGACGAGCUUUUCGGGGUAUUCGAAUGGGACAAGUUUGGCCACGAUCACGAACACGGAGGAGCGGAGGAAGUCGUCGAUCACGAGCCUGCUGGAGCAGCGCAAAAAGUCAAUGUCCAAGCUGCGAGGACUGGUGAUCCCGGAGAAGGUCCCGGAGACGGAGGUUCUGCCUGAGACGAAGAUCAUCGGGUUGCCGAUCAUCAAGAGUAAGGAUUCGGAGAAGAUCCUGUCGUCGUCGGCUUCGCCGAACGUACUUAAGUUGGAUUACGCGCGGAAAACGGCCACGUUGCCAACUCCGGGCAAGUCUGCAAAUGGAAGUUCCUUCCACCCAACGGUUGCGCCGAAGCCUUCAGAACUUGGAGGUACCUACAAGAGCAUCUUCCGGAACCUGAAGGCGGAGAAGGCAGAGGAAGAUCAAGCUGCGUUCCGCCGGCCGUUGAACCCGGUUCCACCGGCGAAGCCGCCGCGAACCUCGCUGGUUUACCCACCACCGAAGGGACUCGAUCAGCGUAGUAUGACUACCGAGGACGAGAGUGGUGACGACAGCGAUUCCGUGCUGAGUUCGAGGGUUUCCUCGCCUCCGGUCUCCCCGGUGGCGCCUUCGCCGCCGGAGAAGUACGUCCUCACGAGGACACUGAGCUCGGAGACCAACACCUCGAUCACGAGCUCGAACUCCACGUUGACUUCGAGUUCGGGAUCGCAGGCGAGCUGCAGCUCGGUGGGAAGCACUCCGGCGAUUGACAUGAGUCGUCGCAUUUCCAAGUCCUCGUCCAACGAGAUGUCCAUGAACCGGAAGAACGUGCUGGCGUCGGCCAAGAGUCGCAGCGGUCGCGGAGAUCUGAAGAUCGAGGACGCCGGCAAGAUCAAGCGGUACGAGGACGGUGAUAGUACCGAUGGGUACGAAGAGGAGGAGCGUCGGAAGUCCAAGUCAAAGCCGCGCAACUCGUUGACGAACGGAAAGAGUGCCAACGGCUUCGAAGAGAAGGAACUGACCCACUACAAGGUGGUGGACUCGGUUGACAGUAUUGUGGAUAAGGUGAUCAAGGUCGCCUCGUACGUGGAGGUCGUCUCCGACGUUGAAGAGAACGCCAGCGUUGACACCGAGGUGAUCGUUCCUAUGCAGAAGCCUGCCACAGCGGUGGAACCGCCGAUCGUCAAGGAGAAGAUCAACUCGGUCGCGAUCGCCAACCAGAACAACUCCAACACCAUGUCUGACCUCGCCAAGUGGGUUCGCCACGAGGCGGCCAAGGUCGAGCAGCCUGCCGGCGUUCGCGCCGAGCUCAAGAAGUACACUCGAUCGGUCUCCGACCAAGUCGUCUCCAAAUCGGAAGAGAUCGCACCUACCAAGCGCGAGCUGCGCUCCUCCGUUGACUCCAAGAAGCUGAACCUCGCCGAGAUCCGCAAAAACUUCGAGGCCAAGUCCAAUAACAGCACCGUGGUCCCAUCCCCGGUCAAGAUCACCCCGAAGGAACCCCCCGUAACCCCACUCCCCAAAUCAACCCCGGUCCCGGUCGCCCCCACCACCAACAACAACCACGAUCGCUUCUCGUCCUGGGACUCGCUCGCGUCCUCCUCGUCCGGAGUGUCCUCGCUGCAGACCAACAGCUUGCUCGGCAACACCACUGGCACCGGCGGAUCCUCGCAAACCCUGCAAAGCAGCACCCCGUCCGACUACGGCAGCUUCUCGUCCCUCGGCAGCAGUCACAGCUUGAUCACACCCCAGGAUCUACAGCUGAUCAUCGAGGAGGCGGACCCGCCGCUCGCCACCCCCGAAGCCUUCGUGAUCGUGCUGCAGCGGGAAACGCCCGAGUCCAGCAUCGGCAUCACGCUGGCCGGCGGCUCGGACUACGAAGCGAAGGAGAUCACGAUCCACAAGAUCCUGAGCAACUCGCCGGCGGAGAAGGAUGGGCGCCUGCGGCGCGGUGACCGCAUCCUGUCCAUCAACGGACUCAGCAUGCGUGGACUGACCCACCGGGAAUCGCUGAGUGUACUUAAGACACCCCGCCCGGAGGUGGUGAUGGUCAUCACGCGGUCCAAGUCGCUCACGAUCGAUACCGGGGCGGUGGCGUUGCUGCAGCUGGCGAAAACGAAGCGGCCCUCGCUCGGGUCGUUGAGCUCGCUCGCCGAGAAGAACGAGAUGAUGGCGGAUUACGGCGGUGGAGCGCAGGAGCGCAGCAAGAUGAUGAAGAUUCAGCACAAGGCGUCCCGGUCGCUGGAUUUGGAUCUGGACAUCGUGAGCAAUGAGGCGGAAAGUGUCUUCGACGGAACCGCCUCCGAAGAUGGUCUUCUGUCGGCCGAUGAGUCCAAAUGUUCCUCCAUCACUCCCGCAAGUGAUGACCGCGUGUCCGCUUCGCCCCAACUCGCCGCAGCAGGCGUCGCCGCCAUCGUCGGCGGCAGCCGGAUGGUGGAAAUCCUCAAGGACGGCGCCGGCCUCGGCUUCUCGAUCGAGGGAGGCUUCGACUCGCCCGCCGGCAACAAGCCGCUGAUGAUCAAGAAGAUCUUCAUGGGUGGCGCCGCGGAAAAAUCCGGCUUGCUGCGGGCCGGCGAAGAAAUUGUUGCCAUUAAUGACAUUUCAAUCGAGCGCAUGACGCGGAUACAGGUCUGGAACAUGAUGAAGAAGCUCCCGAACGGCAGCGUCCGGAUUGCGUUGAAGUGAUAACGUGUUUGGAAGGAGAGUGCGUGAGUGUGCGAGUGUGAAUACUAAAGAGAGAGAGUUAAAGAGAGAAUGAGCCGUACUUUUACAUACUAUAACCGAGAAAGAGAAAGAGAGAAAUUAUCAAAUUUUAUGAAAAUAAAAACAAGAAAGUUUUAGUUCUAGUAAGCCAGAAUGCAAUUCGCGCCCCAAGCGAUCUAUUCAGCAGCAAUAUAAUAAUCAAAUUAUUAUCUCUUUUCUUUAUACAACCCAACUUUUACAAGCAAAAAAAGAAAUUUAAAAAAAUACACAAUCUAGCUGUAAGCAAAUUGUUGUUUGUAUAUUUUAUUAGUAUUCGUGUAUUUCGAAAUUGUAUACAAAAAAAAAGAGUUAUUUAUAUUUUGGGAAACGCUAACAAAACUCAAACGCCACUAAAGACAAGACAAGACAAAGCGAAACAAAACAAAAAAAAAACAGAACCAAUCUAGACUGAUCUGUACACGUGUAAAUGAGGAAAAUUAUCGUUUGAGAUGCAAAUCGAAUCGGAGAGUAACGUAUCUGUGAAUUAUAGAAGAAACUUGAAGCAAGAAACAAUCAUGCGAUAGGGUUAAACUUAGCCUAAACAAAAAACAACUAACUAAAUCGAGGUGAGAACUCGAGUCACGCCGAACAAGCGUGGCGAAAUGCUUCAAUUCUUUUGCGCGAUGGAUUAUAGUUUUUCUGCUGCUGAAACGCGGAAAUCGCAGCCGUCGGCAGCAGCAGCAAAAACAAUCAAAUCGAGAAACCCUUCUUGCCUAAUUAGCGAAUUGAUUAAACUAUGCCGAUUAAUUAUUUUAACUACUUUUUUUUAAUCGUAUCGUGUAUGUAUCGUUAAACCGCAAAACUUUGCUAAAAGCGAAUCGCUACUGGUCUUGCUUAUUGUUUCUAAUCCCCCUUUGCCCCUGAUAAACAAAAAAGAAUCAAACCUUUUAAUAAUAUAUUAUUCGUGUAGAUAUUUAUCGAACAUAAUGAAAUCAGUUUAAAUAAAAAGCAAAAACAUUUUUCAAUAAAC